UCCUAAGCUCCUCCGCCGGCGGAGGGCCAGGGUGAAGGGAUGGCCGGGCGGACGGUGCGGCUGGUGCUGCUGGUUGGGGCAGCCGCGCUAGCAAGCGGCUCCCAGGGCGAUCGCGAGCCGGUGUACCGCGACUGCGUGCUGCGGUGCGAGGAGCGGAACUGUUCUGGGGGCGCACUGAAGCACUUCCGCUCCCGCCAGCCAAUCUACAUGAGCCUAGCAGGCUGGACCUGUCAGGAUGACUGUAAGUAUGAGUGUAUGUGGGUCACCGUUGGCCUCUACCUCCAGGAAGGUCACAAAGUGCCUCAGUUCCAUGGCAAGUGGCCCUUCUUCCGGUUCCUGUGCUUCCAAGAACCAGCUUCUGCUGUGGCCUCUUUCCUCAAUGGCCUGGCCAGCCUGGUGAUGCUCUGUCGUUACCGCACCUCCGUGCCAGCCUCAUCCCCUAUGUACCCCACCUGCGUGGCCUUCGCUUGGGUCUCCCUCAAUGCUUGGUUCUGGUCCACAGUCUUCCACACCAGGGACACCGACCUCACAGAGAAAAUGGACUACUUCUGUGCCUCCACUGUCAUCCUACACUCAGUUUAUCUGUGCUGUGUCAGGACCGUGGGGCUGCACCGCCCGGCCGUGGCCAGUGCCUUCCGGGCCCUCCUGCUGCUAAUGCUGACGGCGCACGUCUCCUACCUGAGCCUCGUCCGCUUCGACUAUGGCUACAACCUGGCGGCCAACGUGGCUAUCGGCCUGGUGAACGCGGCGUGGUGGCUGACCUGGUGCCUGCGGAAUCGGCAGCGGCUGCCCCACGUGCGCAAGUGCAUCGUGGUGGUCCUGCUGCUGCAGGGGCUGUCCCUGCUCGAGCUGCUAGACUUCCCGCCUCUCUUCUGGGUCCUGGAUGCCCACGCCAUCUGGCACAUCAGCACCAUCCCUGUUCACGUCCUCUUCUUCAGCUUUCUGGAAGAUGACAGCCUCUACCUGCUGAAGGAAUCAGAGGCCAAGUUCAAACUGGACUGAAGGCCCUGGAAGCGGAUCUGCCC